AUGUAAAAUUAAAUUGUGCAUGAAAGCAUAGAAGAAUAUAGACGUUAUAACAAAGUUUUAGAGGGGAAUAGAAGAUAUGUGGAUAAAAAGUUAGCUUAAGAUGAGAACUAUUUUAGAAAAUUGGCUAAGGGUCAAACACCUAAAUAUUUAUUAAUCGGUUGCUCUGAUUCAAGAGCCCCUCCAAAUGAAAUAACAGAAACUGAUCCAGGAGAUAUUUUCAUUCAUAGAAAUAUAGCAAAUCUAGUUAUUCCUACAGAUUUGAAUGUAAAAAAAGUUCUAUAUUUAGAUCAACUGUGUGAUUUAAUAUGCCGUGGAACAUCUUAAAGUGCAUAACAUUAUUGUGAUGGGACAUACAUGUUGUGGUGGCAUAAAAGCAGCUAUGAAAUAAGAUUCAGUUGGAGGAUUAUUAGAUUUAUGGUUAAACUAAAUAAAAUUAGUUUAUGAAAAACAUUAAGAAUUAAUCAAUUCUUUUAUUGAUGAAGAUGAUCAAAUAAAUUCUUUAUGCUGUAUGAAUGUUAGGGAAUAAGUUUUAAAUAUUUGGAGAAAUCCCAUUAUUUAAAAAUCUUGGCAAGAUGGACAUCGUAUUUUUAUAAUUAUAUGUUUAUAGCUGUAAUGGUACAUGGUUGGUUAUUUAGAGUAGAAACUGGUUUUAUUGAGGAAUUAUCUUUGGAGGAUAGCAUACCAGAUGAAAUGUCAAAAAUCUUUAAAAUCAAAUUCAAUCCAUCAAAACAUUAAUCUCCUAAUUAACAUUAAGAAGAAGAAGGCAAUGCUCAUUCUCCUAUGAGAGCAAGAAGAAGAUUUUAAAGAAUGCAAAGCAGAAUCGAAACAGAAAUUCGUCAUUUCACAAUCAAUAUGUAAAAUGUUAAUGAAGAAGAAAUUGAAAAUAAAAUAGUUUAAGAUAUUGAGUAAGAUUUACAAGUAUGA